AACAAACCGGCAUCCCCCGACAAAAAUCACUUCAGUUCGUGUCAACGCUCAGAACAGGGCGCAAAUAAUUGCGGAGAAAUUGUGCCAAAUUGAGAAUCACAAAAAAAAAUAUAAAUUCAAAACGAAAAACGCGUUACAAAAAUAUAACAACAACAACAAUAAUAAAUAAUAUAUCUUAAUCGAAUAACCCAAUGCCAAUGCCCAAUAAAAAUGGCCGAAGAUAAAUCUAAAUUGAAUGUAACCAACAAUAACAACAACAACAACACAUCAGUUAUCUACAAACAGACAACAAAACCGAAUAAAUCAAAACAUCGAGAUAAAAGUGAUUUAGGACCAAAUUUUGUGGCGCCCGAUGGCGGUUGGGGCUGGGUGGUUUGCAUCGCUACUGGUUUAAGUAAUUUAUCGCUAUUCCCGCCACAUCAGCAGUAUGGCCUUAUUUAUCGCCAACGAUUGGAGAACUUCGGUUUUGAUGUCAAAGAAAUCACGACAAUAAUUAAUUCAGAAUUUGCCAUAUCUUCGCUAGUGGGUCUCAUAAAUGGAGCCAUGUUCCGGAGAUUUUCCUUUCGACAGGUGGCCAUGCUGGGAACUUUAAUGGCAUUCACCGGGAUCUUUUUCUCGGCAUUCUGUGAGAAUUUCCUCGAGUAUUUUGUGUGUUUCUCGGCGAUUUAUGGCUUUGGUCUGGGUUUAAGUAAAUCUGCCAACUCAUUGGCUGUCAAUACAUAUUUCAAAAAUCGACGAAGAAGAGCCACGGGAUUUGCCCUGACCAUCACGGGUUUGGGGUCCGUUGUCUUUCCUCAAAUUGCCAUCCUAUUGCUGUCGCAUUAUGGGGCUCAGGGUUCGAUUCUGAUAUUUGCAGCCUUGAUGCUUAAUGCAUUUAUGUGUUCGCUAACGCUGCAGCCGGUUUUAUGGCAUUCAACCACAAAGACUGCUGAAGAAGAGACGAUAGAAGAUACCAACACCUCCGGCAAAGAGAAUAUCAACUUCAAAUGUAAAUAUUGCCAAAACAAGGAGAGAGAAAAAGACAUGGAAUUGGAUAUGGGAGAAUAUGAGAUAACCGAGCCAUGUGGCACCCCUCUCAUAGCCCGUUCCAAUGAUGGUUGGUUUGGCUCCAAAUUGUCUUUAAAUAAAGAGGCGCGCUACUAUCGCACUCGACAAAUAAGUGAAAGUGGAGGAGGCUAUGGCGUGGAAGAAAAUCGAGAGAAAUGCUUUCCCAAAAUUGCCAGUAAGGCAAGUAUUUAUUCCAAAGCUGAUAGGGAAUUCCUUACCAGCUGUACCUGUGCCGAGGAGAAAUUGUUGCUGGAGAAAAACUUGCAGAAUACCCAAAAGGUACAGGAGGCAAAGCAACCACAUCCAAAGUCGAAGGAUCAGGAAAAUGAAAAAGAAGAUGCUGAAAGAGAACGUCUUUCCUUAUGCCAGAAGAUUGUGCUAUUUUUCGAUUUGGAUCUCCUGCGAGACUUCACCUUUGUCAAUUUGGCAGUCGGCAUGGCCAUAAUGAUGUUUGGCGAAAUAAAUUUUUCCGUUCUCACGCCGUUCAUUUUAAAUAGUUUCGGCUACAAUGACCGGCAAAUAUCACUGGCCAUGUCACUGCUGAGUGGCAUGGAUAUAAUUGUGCGAUUCUUUGGACCUUUCGCCUUGGAAAAGGUGAAACUAUCGAACAGUGUUCUCUUCGCCAUCGGCAUUUUAAUUGUCAUGAUUGGCCGUUUAUUGGUUACGCUCACCAAUUCGUUUGAAGUCGUCUUGAUGCUAUUCGUGGUAAUUGGUUUUGGCAAAGGAUUUCGAAUGCUCUUUGCACCGCUCAUCGUUCCCAGUUAUGUGCCAUUGAAUCGUUUGCCAGCCGCAUCGGGAUUGCAGUUGAUUAUCACAUCGAUUACCUCAUUUACAUUGGGUCCCUUGUUGGGAUCCAUUACCGAUAAAUUUGGCUAUGCAGUGACUAUUCAUUGCAUGAAUGCCCUGACCUGUUUGAUGCUAUUAUUUUGGUUACUGGAGUAUUUGAUUAGGAGUAGAAGAUCGAAUAUGAAAAUAAAUAGAUAAUAAAUAAAAAAAUCA